GAUACGUUUAUUCACUCUUCAAAUCUCUAUAGAUUUAUAAUCAAAGUCGUAUUACUCAAAUCGUUCAAUGGCACGUACUAAGCAGACUGCCCGCAAGUCCACCGGGGGCAAGGCUCCCCGGAAGCAACUCGCCACCAAGGCCGCCAGGAAGUCAGCCCCGGCCACCGGCGGAGUAAAGAAGCCCCACCGGUUCCGUCCAGGUACAGUUGCGUUGCGUGAGAUCCGGAAGUACCAGAAGUCCACUGAACUCUUGAUUCGUAAGCUCCCCUUCCAGAGAUUGGUUAGGGAAAUUGCUCAGGACUUUAAGACUGAUCUCCGGUUCCAGAGCUCCGCUGUUGCGGCGCUGCAGGAGGCGGCGGAGGCGUACCUUGUUGGACUGUUUGAGGAUACCAAUCUCUGUGCUAUUCAUGCUAAGAGGGUCACUAUUAUGCCUAAGGAUAUCCAACUUGCUAGGAGGAUCAGGGGUGAGCGGGCUUAGAUCUGCCGAAUCGCUGGUAUCAGCAUCUGAUGUGUUUUUUUAGUAAUUUGUCUGGUCGGGUUAUGUGGUUUUUAGGAGCUUUCGUGUACAUUCUAUUUCAGGUUUAUUCUCAACGCUGGAAAUUAAUGGAAUCUAUAUUUUAGUGUUGCUUAAAUAUUCAUCUUCAAUUGGUUGUCUUUCCCUAUGUUAUAUUCUAUGAAUCAAAGUCUAAUAUGCACACUUGCAUGCUUAUCAGCUGUAUAUCAUGUUUACUGGGUAUGGUUUGAAAUGGAGUUUCAAAGAUUUCUGACAA